AUGGCUGAUGAAGCCCUCAUGAAGACCGCGUUGAGACUCCUUCGGGUGUGGUCUGCACACCCACAUGUUAAACAAGGAGCCUUGCCUCAUAUCGACGGCUUCGACGUAUGUACACCAAAGUAUUUAACAUGGAAGUCAUACUAUGACCUCUUGUCAGCCACCCUGCAACACGAUUUAGCAUACGUACCACCGGCAAGCGGGUCAGAACGCCAGCAGCUUGCUGCUGAAAUACGCCGCGUGGAGUCGAUGUAUGAGAGUAGCCUUCUCCGUGAAUCUAAAUUUCCCACAGCAUAUGCGGAAAGCACACAAAUCGAAGACUGGGUGGAGCAAGUAAUCACGAACUGGGAAAUACUCUGCGGGCCUCAAUGGACUGAUGAAGACCUUGGAGAAGGAGGCCAAAACGCAGUUGGUAGGAACGUCCUUGAUAUCCUGUAUCGUGCAGCUACGAAAACAUACCAUUCUCACUUGAUACUCCGGCGCUUAUUUCACGUUCAUUCGGCAUUGGCCGACUUUGAUCUCGCUCUAAAGGCUCUUGACUCGUAUAUCGAGAUUGUCGUAAGCGCGAAAGAAAGGGCAGAGAAGUCGGCACAGUAUGGGGAAUUGGAAAACGAUGGCACUUUAUUGCGGACUCUCUCCGAAGGGGUCACUAUGCUGUGUUGUUUCGGCUCAGAAAAAGAAGCCGAGAAAGCUAGGGAGUUGACGACUCUCAUGAAGGAGUUCAUUAACAAACAUGUCCAAGAAGUUGAGGGCGACGACGAGGAGCAAGUAAAGCUUCUAAUCUCGUCAGAUACAGGCUCGACUGGUUCCCAGGCAGUGUCUCCUACUGACAUUGCGGCGGCUUAUAGAGGUGUUGGUAUAGGUCUUGCGGCCUGGGCUAACUGGACACCCGUGAAUGAAGAACGUAACGAUAUACGAUCCGAAGCCAUUGAUAAUCUGGAAAAGAGUACUGCGCCGGAGCUAGAAGACGAGACCAACUAUUCAUCUCUAUAUACGCUUGCUCUACUUCUCGCAGAAGAUCGAGAUCUGGAUAGUGCGAUUGACUGUGUCAAGACAGCGUUGACAGCGAAGACACAGCCAGGCACCGUUCAAGGGUAUUUUACACGGGAACGAGACCUUGUUCCGCUAUGGCAUCUGCUUGCCCUUUUACUAAGUGCAAAGCAUGAUUUUGAUAUUGCUGAGCGCUCUUGCGAGGCUGCAUUUGAGCAGUUCCCUGCCGCAGUCACUUCUCUAGCCCACCACGAGAGAAGGCCACAAAAGCAACAGCAGGCUACCCAAGACCAGGCCAACGGCGCUGGAUUACAGCGUACCUUAAUUGAGGAACUUCGAGGCCGUGAGAAAGAACGUAUAAUCGAGACGCGCAUGACUCAGUUAGCAUUUGUUGAACUUCUGGAGGGCCCAGAAGCUGCUGUUAACCAUAGCGAACAAUUACUCGGGCUAUUUGCAACUCUAUUCGGCAAUUUAGCCCUUGAAGCUGACGAUAAGAAAGAUUCCCAGACAGACAACCUCAGACCCCCAUCGAGCUCCGCGCAUACCGUGAAAAGUCUCCGCGGCAGUAUAUUUGGGAGGCAUAAAGGACCCCGCGCACCAGACCGUCGGGUGCAAUCUGGAUCUGACCAUAAGACAGAUGGAAACAGUCCUUCGGUAGUACCGAAUGAGUCGGACCAGGCGCCAACCAUUCAGGUCACGCACGAGGAUAAACACCUUGGCCACGAAAAUCCUCAAGACUCGCGGAAAUUGCGGAAACGCAGCAGUACCCUUAAGAAGGGCGACAAUGCACCCGGCCCAAACCAUAGCCACAUAAAUGGUGAUGGGCCCGUCGUGAAUGGUGUGGGAAGUGUAGAGCAACCGAAUGGAGGAGAAACCCCUUCCCCAGAUAUGGUUGCAGCGGCAGUGUCUGGAAACAAGGAACAAAGUGGAAAGCAGCCCUUGCGACCUGUUGCUCAUAACAUGAGCCAUACGCGACAGCCGCCACCCAUGGGUCAUGCGAAGCAGCCGCCUGAACAGGAUGUUCGUCUGCCAACAUCAUAUGGUUUUGAUUCUCCGACUAAAGCGGUGACUAAGUUCCCGCUUGCCCAGGCCCAAAAGCAUGCCCUCUGUAUCCUCGUCAAAAUUUGGCUUCUCAUUGCUGGGCUGUAUCGGCGCGCAGCGUUGUUUGACGAUGCAUUUGAAGCGUGUGAGGAAGCCGCCAAGCAUGUUUCGCGAGUCGAAGCCCUUUGCGCAACUCAAGACUCUUCUGCUAGGUCAUUCAGAGAGCGUGGUUGGGGUGCGCCGAAGAGUGCCGACGAACUUUGGGCCGACCUCCUUGCUGAACGGGCGUUCUUGUCGAAUGCUCAGUCACGCCGUCACAAAGCAAUGGAUCAGUUCGAACAAGCAUUGAUGCGCGACCCUGACCAUCCCAAAGCCACCAUUGGCCUGGCAAACAUUCUCCUCGAUAUUUGGGAUCAACAGAUGCCGCUGCUGCCACCAGAGCCUGAGAUUGAACUUGAUAUGUCGAUGCUGACGCUAGUGUCUCCCGAGAAGCAAAGCUCAACAGCGAAAAAGGCUGACGAAAAGGCUACAAACAGACAAUCAUUCGCUGAAACACCGGACUCCGAACAUAGCCAAGUCCCACAUGCUAUUCAAGACGUGGAGCCUAAACUUCUCAAUCGCAUCGCCGCUCGUGACCGAGCUUACGGUCUGCUCUCGGCCCUGACCAAACGCGGUAGUUCUUGGGACAAUUCUGAAGCUUGGUAUACACUCUCCAGAGCGUACGAAGCCGAGGGGAAUACUGAGAAAUUGAAAGAGGUGUUGUGGUGGUGUGUUGAGCUCGAAGACCGACGACCAAUCCGGCACUGGUCUAACCUCGGUUCGGGUGUAUAUGUUCUCUAA